AUGAGUCGAAGUGUAAGUCGCGAUUCAUCAUCUCGUUUAAAAUCGAAAAAACGUCAUAAACAACAUUCUAAAACAUCUACAACAAAUGGUAAAAGUUCUGAUCGUCAUCGUUCAUCGUCAUCGAGCCGAUCGUUUUCCUCUUCUCAUUCACCAUCUCCAAAACGACAACAUCAAUCAUUGGAUGAACAAAUUCAAAAACAUAGUCGAUUUUUCUCACAAUUACCAACAAUAAAAAAUGAAAAAUCUCAAUAUCAACACCGUCAGUUUAUGGAUGACCAUAACAAUGACGUACCGCAAUAUCAUCGUCAACAAUAUUCAUCCACAAAUCUUGAUCGACGCUUUUUUGAAACGAGAAGAGAAGAUCGAAUUAAACUAGCAGCAUCAUUAGGUAAAUUUGAUGUAUGGGCAAAAUCGCCUACUCGAGUUGAUCCGAAGUCUGAUGACGAACGUGAGCCAGAUGCAGAUGAAUACGAUCAAAAGAUAAAAUUGAAGCAGAAACAAGGAAUGAAAACGGCAAGUGAGAAAAAACUAAAAAAAAAACACGCAAAGAAAAAAAAGAAGAAACAUCACCGUCAUAAGAAGUCACGAACAUCUGACGGGGAGGUAUCGACAACAACAUCGGACAGUGAAGGUGAUGAACAAAAAUGGAUUGAAACAAAACCAACAAUAACAGUGAAUGCAGGGGAAGAUAAUUUUAUUGGACCAAAACUACCCGAUCGUUCUAACGGUGUAGGUAGUGAUGAGGAAUAUACUUCAUCCUCUCAAAUUCCUAUUCCGACGUUAUCGACCAUAGCAUCAGCUACUUCGUCUUCGUCAGCAAAACCUGUUGAUUAUGGAAAGGCUUUGUUACCUGGUGAAGGUGCAGCAAUGGCUCGUUUUGUUGCCGAAGGCAAACGUAUACCUCGUCGUGGUGAAAUUGGUUUAAAUUGUGAUGAAAUUCAAACAUUUGAAGAUUUGGGUUAUGUGAUGAGUGGUAGUAGACAUCGACGAAUGGAAGCUGUUCGAUUAAGAAAAGAAAAUCAAAUUUAUAGUGCAGAUGAGAAACGAGCGUUGGCUACGUUUAAUCAUGAAGCACGAGCGAAAAAAGAAACAUCAUUGAUGACACAAUUCAAAGAUAUUGUACAUUCAAAACUGAAGAAAUAA